AUGACUCAAGCUUCACCACAAGCAUCAACCUCUCAGCUACCUAGGCCACCAGCUCCUACAGAACAGCCUAGUGAAUUGCAAGCUGCCCUAUUGACUCUCACCAACACUCAAACUCAGUUUAUGACUGAGACUAGAUCCUCCAUCAGAAAUUUGGAAAUGCAAGUGGGGCAGCUGGCCAAUAUGUUGAAUACUAUGCCUCAAGGGAAUUUUUUUAGCAAUACUGUGGCAGAAGAAGAGGAGAGUUGUGAAAAAGUUGAGCCCCAAGUGGAGAAAAAGGUUACUGAAGGCCUCGCAACAAAAGAGAAUAUUCCACCAGGAGUUGUUGAUUCUCAUGUCAAAAUCCCGUAUCCACAACGACUCCGGAAGAAUUUUCUUUACAAACAAUUCUCCAAGUUUCUUGAGGUGUUUAAAAAGCUUCACAUUAACAUCCCAUUUUUUGAGGCUUUGGAGCAAAUGCCGAGUUAUGUAAAAUUUAUGAAAGAGAUUUUAUCAAAGAAACGGAGGUUGGAAGACUUUGAGACAGUAGCACUUACUGAAGAGUGCAAUGCAAUUCUCCAAAGGAAACUUCCACAAAAGCUUCAAGAUCCGGGGAGUUUUACUAUCCCUUGUACUAUAGGGAAAUUUGAAUGCAAACAUGCUCUUUGUGAUCUUGGAGCAAGUAUCAAUCUCAUGCCUCUAUCUGUAUUUCAAAAGCUUGGUCUUGGUGAGGGAAAGCCUACUACUAUUACUCUUCAGCUUGCAGAUCGAUCAAUCAAGCACCCACGGGGAGUUAUUGAAGAUGUGCUAGUCAAGGUAGACAAGUUUAUUUUUCCAGCAGAUUUCAUUGUUCUAGACAUAGAGGAGGAUGCGACGGUUCCCAUUAUUCUUGGGAGACCAUUCUUGGCUACCGGACAAGCCCUCAUUGAUGUGCAAAAGGGUGAGUUGAGGUUGAGAGUUCAAGGGGAAGAAGUGGUCUUUAAUGUAUUCAAGGCUAUGUCUUAUCCAAGAGCAAGUGAUAGUUGCUUUAAUGUUGAUGUGAUUGAUGAGGUGGUUUCGAAAAAGAGGAUUACUAAUUAUCCUUUUGAGUUGCCUUUGGCUUUGGGUGAUAAUAAUGAAGAGGAGGAUUGGGAGACUCAUGAGUAUGUGAAAUGGAUCAAUUCAUAUGGUCCAUAUUACAAGAAGAAAUUUGAAGAAUUGGGGCAAGUGCCUGAGCGCCCCAUACUAUCUAUUAAGAAGCCUCCAGUCCUUGAGUUGAAGUCUUUACCGGAGCAUCUUUGUUAUGUGUACUUGGGGGAGAAAGAAACGUUGCCUGUUAUUAUUUCUUCAUUGCUGUCAAAAGGUGAAGUAAAAAAACUUUUGAGGGUUUUGAGGGAUCAUAAACGUGCUAUUGGGUGGACUUUGGCUGAUAUUCGAGGAAUUAGCCCUUCAACGGUUAUGCAUAGAAUUCUUAUGGAAGAAGAUAGCAAACCCUCUAUUGAAGCUCAAAGAAGGCUAAAUCCCUCUAUGAAGGAUGUUGUUCGGAAGCAAGUACUUAAUUGGUUGGAUGCUUGGGUGGUCUAUCCUAAUUCUGACAGUGCUUGGGUCAGCCCUGUUCAAGUGGUGCCUAAAAAGGGAGGAAUAAAUGUGGUAAAAAAUGAGAACAAUGAACUCAUCCCUACUCGUACUGUGAUGAGAUGGAGGAUUUGUAUUGACCACCACAAGCUGAAUAAGGCGACGAGGAAGGACCAUUUCCUGCUGCCAUUCGUAGAUCAGAUGCUUGAUAGGCUUGCAGGCCACAGUUAUUAUUGUUUCCUAUAUGGGUAUUCAGAGAAAAGUAUAAAAAAAUUUAUGGAUGAUUUCUCGGUGUUCGGGUCUGAUUUUGAUGAAUGCUUGGAUCACCUAGAAGCAGUUCUUACAUGUUGUGAAGAAUCGAAUUUGACUCUCAAGGAGAAGCUAAUUUCAGCGCCUAUAGUGUGUGCACCUAAUUGGGACCUCCCAUUUGAGCUUAUGUGCAACGCAAGUGAUUAUGCGGUUGGAGCGGUUCUUGGGCAGCAAGUGGACAAGGUGAUUGUGUACACGGACCACUCCGCUAUUAAAUAUCUCAUGACAAAGAAGGAUGCUAAACCCCGUUUCAUUCAGUGGGUCUUAUUACUCCAAGAAUUUGAUAUGGAAAUCCGAGAUAAAAAGGGUACCGAUAAUCUUGUGGCGGAUCAUUUGUCUAGGCUGGAAGUUGAGGAAGAUCAAAUUACCAAGAAAGUGCAAAUCAAUGAUUAUUUUCCAUUUGAGCAAUUUUUUGGGGAGAUUGACCAAGCCAAAGCACCAUGGUAUGCAGAUUAUGUCAAUUUCCUAGUGGCAAAGGUUGUGCCUCCUAAUAUGUCUAGAGCACAGUUGAAGAAAUUCUACUCCGAGAUCAAACAUUAUUAUUGGGAGGAGCCCACCCUCUAUAAACAUUGUGUUGACCAAAUAAUUCAUUGUUAUGUACCGGAAGAUGAAAUGAUUUCUAUUCUCAACCACUGUCACACUCUUCAUUGUGGGGAUCAGUUUGGUGCUACCAGGACAGCAGCAAAGGUAUUGCAAUGUGGUUUCUUUUGGCCUACUUUAUUUAAAGAUGCAAAUACUUUUGUUAAGUCUUGUGAUAGAUGUCAACGCACCGGUAACAUAUCACGAAGAGAUGAGAUGUCUCUGAAUGUUAUUUUAGAAGUUGAGUUGUUCGACGUGUGGGGGAUUGAUUUCAUGGUACCCUUUCCAUCAUCCUACAAUUACAAGUAUAUAUUGCUCGUUGUGGACUAUGUGUCUAAAUGGGUGGAAGCAGGGGCAACUCCUACGAAUGAUGGUAAAGUGUCUAAUGGGCAAGCGGAAAUUUCUAAUAGGGAGGUAAAGAGCAUUCUUGAAAAGAUUGUUAAUAGCUCAAGGAAGGAUUGGUCUAAAAAGCUUGAUGACGCUUUAUGGGCUUAUAGAACGACAUUUUAA